AUGAUGAGGCCGCCACCACCACAGGUAUGGCAAAGGAGGCUCUGUAACACCUUAGCUUUGAGCCAACCUACCAUAUUUGCUCUUUCUACCCAUUGGGCAAGGUCAGCCAUCGCGGUGGUGCGAAUAUCUGGACCUCAAUCCACCUACAUCUACAAUGCCUUGACGCAAACAAAGUCAAGUCCAAAGCAUCGAAUAGCCAGUGUGAGGAAGCUAUAUUCGCCCAGGUCGUCUCAGCUUUUGGAUGAGGCGUUGACUCUAUUUUUUAAGCAGCCAAAUACGUACACUGGUCUUGACUUGUUGGAGUUGCAUCUACAUGGAGGCACCGCCAUCAUCCGAUCGGUGGUGGACUCGAUACGGGCCCUCCAUGACCCAGACAAGGGUGUCCUUAUCCGACAAGCUGAGCCGGGCGAGUUUUCAAGGCAAGCAUUUGCCAAUGGGAAAUACGACUUGACGGCGUUGGAAGGCAUAAGCGACAUGAUCAACGCCGAGACCGAGCUGCAAAGGAUUGCUUCCUUGGCAUCCGUGUCGGGCCAAACUAAAAACGUGUUUCUCAAAUGGAGAGAGGACUUGUUGACAAACGUUGCAAACUUGACGACUCUUAUUGAUUUCGGGGAAGAUCACGACUUGGAAGAGACUGAGCGUUUGUUCGAUGACGUUGCAACCAGGAUCAAGGUCAUUAGCGCCGAAGUGCAGAGCCACUUGAAGAAAGUCCGCGCAUCGCAAAUUUUGCUCAAUGGUAUCAGUUUAGCACUCGUGGGUCCUCCAAAUGCCGGCAAAUCGUCUAUCUUAAACACGCUUGCCAAUAAGGAGGCCGCGAUUGUGAGCGACAUAGCGGGCACGACUCGCGACGUGUUGGACGUGCCGUUGGAGAUUGGAGGCUACAAGGUUGUUGUCGGGGACACAGCGGGGAUACGGCUGCUUUCAGAUGCAGACCAGAUUGAGCGAGAGGGGAUACGGCGAGCGAGAUCAAAGUAUGAAUUGGCAGAUUUCGUGAUGGUGGUGAUAGAUCCUAACCAAGGCAAUGGCACGGGGGAAAUGAUGGAAAUCGUGCAAACGUUGAAGAACAAGGGCAAGCAAAUUCUAGUGAUAAUCAACAAGGAGGACUUACUUGACAACGACAACAAACUCAUGAUCACGAAAAAAGUCGCGAGUGAACUUCGAGUGGAUGAAAAAUUGGUCAAACUAGUCUCUUGUCGAACAAGUACGGGAAUCGACGAAUUGAGAGCCGCAAUGAUUCAAAAUUUCAAAAUCAUCACUGAGUCUGAAUCUGCCGACCCCGUGAUUGUCUCAUCUAGAACCCAAGAUAUUCUCGAGAAUGAUGUCCUUUACGGCUUCAAACAGUUUGAGUACUGGAGAGAUCAGGAUGACGUUGUUCUAGCGACAGAAUGCCUACGCCAAUCCGUCGAGGGCAUUGGCAAGAUUACCGGUGACGCUAUUGGCGUCGAGGAGAUUCUAGGCGUGGUCUUUUCCAAGUUUUGUAUUGGAAAGUAA